GCAGGGGGGGGGGCCCGGCGGCGCGGCUGGAACGGCCGGGCGGUUCUAGAAACGGGGGAGAGGAGAGAGCGGCACGGACCGGGACGGGGUGCUCUGUGAGGGUGGAGCUGAGCUGAGCGGCCACUGCAGCCAUCUUUACCAGGGUAAUACUUCAUUCUUUCUGGCAUUAAGGACUUGGAAAUAAUUCCACAGGUUUGAGCUGUCUGGAAGAUGAAGCCCUGGCUGCAGUUGGUGUUCCUCACCUGUGUUUUGUUCUGGCUCACAGAAGCAGAGUUCUUCACCUCCAUAGGUCAAAUGACAGACCUGAUUUAUGCAGAGAAAGACUUGGUCCAGUCUCUAAAGGAAUAUAUCCGAGCAGAGGGAACAAGCUCUCUCAGAUUAAAAGGUGCACACUUCUCAUUCCAGUUGGGCUGAAAAAUGGAUGCACUGACCAGCAAAUCAACCUCUGAUCCAGAAGGGUAUGGCAACCCUGUCAAUGCAUAUAAGCUCGUGAAACGUUUGAACACUGACUGGCUGGAAUUUGAAAACUGUAAUGUCUUUCCCUUUUACUGCAAAGGCUUUAUUGCAAAUCUGACAAUCCAACGCCAGUUUUCAACUGAGGAGGAUGAGACUGGAGCUGCAAAGGCUCUGAUGCGUCUGCAGGACACCUAUAAACUGGAUCCUGAAACUCUGUCCCGAGGGAACUUACCAGGAGCAAAAUACAGAUCCACCUUGACAGUAGGUGACUGCUUUGGCAUGGGGAAGACGGCCUACAACGACGGGGACUAUUAUCACACCGUGCUCUGGAUGGAGCAGGCGCUGAAGCAGCACGACGAGGGGGAGGAAACUGCAGUCAGCAAAGUGGAGAUCCUGGAUUAUCUCAGCUAUGCUGUGUUCCAGUUUGGGGACCUGCACAGGGCCAUGGAGCUCACCAGGCGCCUGAUAUCCCUGGACAGCACUCACGAGAGAGCAGGCAGCAACCUGAGGUACUUUGAGAAGCUGCUGGAGAAGGAAAGAGAGGAGAAGGAGAGAGAAAAGCCAGUAAACAAGACCAGGACAACGACAGAAGCUGUGGUGCAGAGUGGAGCCUAUGAGAGGCCUCUUGACUACCUGCCAGAGCGGGACAUCUACGAGGCCCUUUGCAGAGGGGAAGGGGUGAAAAUGACACCUCGAAGACAAAAAAGGCUGUUUUGUAGGUACCACGAUGGAAACAGAAACCCCCACCUGCUCAUAGCUCCCUUUAAGGAGGAGGAUGAAUGGGACAGCCCUCAUAUUGUACGAUACUAUGAUGUCAUGUCUGAUGAAGAAAUCGAGAAAAUUAAACAACUAGCUAAGCCAAGGCUGGCACGAGCCACAGUCCGUGAUCCCAAAACCGGUGUCCUUACAGUGGCUAGCUACAGGGUGUCAAAGAGCUCGUGGUUGGAGGAGGAUGAUGAUCCUGUUGUGGCCAAGGUGAACCAACGAAUGCAGCAGAUCACAGGGCUGACAGUGAAAACAGCUGAGCUCUUGCAGGUUGCCAACUACGGAAUGGGAGGGCAGUAUGAGCCACACUUUGACUUUUCUAGGCGCCCCUUUGACAGCACACUCAAAUCGGAAGGAAAUAGGCUAGCGACGUUUCUUAACUAUAUGAGCGACGUAGAAGCUGGAGGAGCUACAGUUUUCCCAGAUUUUGGGGCAGCAAUAUGGCCCAAGAAGGGAACAGCAGUGUUCUGGUACAAUCUCUUCAGAAGUGGUGAGGGGGAUUACAGAACAAGGCAUGCAGCUUGUCCAGUACUAGUAGGGUGUAAAUGGGUUUCAAACAAAUGGUUUCAUGAAAGAGGAAAUGAAUUCUUAAGACCUUGUGGGAGAACAGAGGUUGACUGAACCCCAGCCUGCUGCAGACCUUUGUUUCUGUUUCCUUUUCUACUGUUGUUUGUUCCAAUUCAUUUCUAAGAAAUGAUCCAUCUUUUUCUCCAAGAGUCCUGUCACUUUACACAAAAAGGACAAUGAAUUAUCUAACACCUGUGAAAGAAAGUAAAUGGUAUUGUACACAUCCUUGUGUUUUGGGUGCUGUUAUUUCCAUGUCCCCCUGCCUUCCCCCCUCCAGUCUUCCUCUGUAGUAGUGGUGCAAACAGUGCUGUGGGCAAUUCAGUGUUUGGGUGCUUGGUCUUGUGCCUUUUGUACCUCAGAAGAUUUAGAUGUUAAAUAUUUCUUUGAACCAAAGUUGUUUGUUUGUUUUUUUUUUAAGUUUUGUGUACAUGUUGAUUUUGUUGUAUUUCUAUGGAUCACAAGUUUUGAAACAAAAAUAAAUGUUCUUUCCAGAA